CAGACUGUCUGAUCUGAAAGCAGUCAACCCUCUCCAUCUUAUUACUUUGGCUACCUUUGUGGACAGUUGUCCUCUUCCCAUUUCCUCCCCCAGCUUCCGUUUUGGGUCCAACCAACCAGAACGUUGCUGGUCAACCACCUGGCCCCUCCCCCAGACCCGGCUUGUACCGUGAUGACACCGUGGCCUCUGUCCCUGUGACCUGGGCAAAAAAAAAGAGACGUGAUCGAGCUACGCCUUCCUGAGCAUUGAGCAUCACCUUACUUUCGUGACCCAUACAGUCUACGAUUAGACAGAUCAACAUAUCGCCUUUGCAAGAUGGAAGGCGGUUUCUCUCCAGUGGAAUCCUUGGCUGGUUCGCCGGCUCCGGAAAUUCCCAUGCUCACCGUCUCCCCAGCGGACACUUCCUUGAAUGAUCCCACCGUCAAGGCUGAAGCUAAGUCAGAGGACAAGAAGCCUGCGAAGAAGAGAAAGUCAUGGGGCCAGGAGUUGCCAGUCCCUAAGACCAACCUUCCUCCAAGGAAACGGGCCAAGACGGAGGACGAAAAGGAGCAGCGCCGCAUCGAGCGUGUUCUUCGGAAUCGGGCUGCUGCACAAACUUCUCGAGAGCGCAAGCGCCUCGAGAUGGAGAAACUAGAAAACGAGAAAAUCCAGAUGGAGCAACAGAACCAGUUCCUUCUUCAGCGCUUGACCCAGAUGGAAGCCGAAAACAACCGCCUGAACCAACAAGUCGCUCAACUGUCCGCCGAGGUCAGGGGUUCCCGUGGCAACACUCCCAAGCCCGGCUCCCCUGCUUCGGCCUCUCCCACCCUUACGCCGACCCUGUUCAAGCAGGAGCGCGACGAACUCCCCCUCGACCGAAUCCCCUUCCCGACCUCUCCUUACACCGACUACUCCCCCACUCUUCGGCCUUCCACUCUGGCUGAGUCCUCCGACUUGACACAACAUCCUGCAGCGGUGUUGUGCGACCUGCAGUCUCCUCUUUCUGACGACGACUUCAACCGCCUAUUCAGCGGUGAUUCACCCGCUGGGUCGGAUUCUUCAGUCCUUGAAGACGGGUUCGCGUUUGACCUUCUCGACGGAGGAGAUCUAUCAGCAUUUCCAUUUGAUUCUAUGGUUAAUUUCGACCCCGACUCUGUCAACUUCGACGGCAUCGACCCGCCCCACGGUCUUCCGGACGAAGCUUCUUGCCAGACUUCUAGCGUGCAACCCAGCCUUGGCGCGUCCACUACGCGAUGCGACGGGCAGGGCCUUGCAGCUGGCUGCUAA